CUUGCCUGGGAGGGAUCUGCCGUCAAAGCCACCCAGGAAAGGAGGCCUGAUACGCUAAUUAAUAUUCUGAACUAGUGACCCUUCUUUUUCUUUCCACCCCUUCCCUUUCUCUGGGCUCUCCAGCCUCUCCCUGCCGCGGAUGGCUGCAGCCCCCUCCAGCUGAGUCAGUCCUCCCUCCCCGCAGCAUUGCAGCACCUCCGCAGCUCCCUGCGCUCCUGCUCCUGCAGCACCCGCUCCGCUCCCGCCGCAGCAGCAUGGCCAGCACCGUCUCAGCCUACAAGGAGAAAAUGAAGGAGCUGUCUCUGCUCUCCCUCAUCUGCUCCUGUUUCCACACCCAGCCCCAUCCUAACACCAUCUACCAGUAUGGAGAUAUGGAGGUGAAGCAGCUGGAUAAGAGGGCAUCAGGCCAGAGCUUCGAAGUGAUCCUGAAGUCCCCUUCAGAUUUAUCUCCCGAGAGCCCGAUCCUUUCCUCCCCCCCCAAGAAGAAGGACCUGUCCCUGGAGGAGCUGCAGAGGAGGCUGGAGGCUGCAGAAGAGAGGAGGAAGACCCAGGAGGCGCAGGUGCUGAAGCAGCUGGCAGAGAAACGGGAACACGAGCGGGAGGUGCUGCACAAGGCGCUGGAGGAGAACAACAACUUCAGCCGCCUGGCCGAGGAGAAGCUCAACUACAAGAUGGAGCUGAGCAGGGAGAUCCGCGAAGCACAUCUCGCCGCCUUGAGGGAGCGGCUCCGUGAGAAGGAACUGCACGCAGCUGAAGUUCGCAGGAACAAGGAACAGCGGGAGGAGAUCUCUGGAUAAAGGGCUUUUCUACACAUCUAGCACCUGAUUCCUGUUAACAAACCAACCAAUCCACCAACCAACACAUUUUAUUUUGUUUGUCUAGAUGCAACAUUCGGUUCUCCAUCCCCCCCUCCCCUGGUGUUUGUCCCCCAGCUACACGCUUCUCUAUCUCUGCAUCCUUAAUCGUCAGUUCUUGUGGGGAUUCACAGAUCAUAGGGACCUCUAAGCAGAAUAGCAACUAGUUCACAUGAAGUAGAGAAUUGAUCAGUCAAUCGAACAGCUUCUUUGGAGGGUUUUGUCCUUUUUUAAAAAAAAAUUUCUUAAACUAAUGUAAAAAAAAA